UCUUCUGGGUUUUGCUCCUAAGCAGAGAUCUUGCUUUGUUAAGUUCUUAGGUUUUGUAGUUCUUGCAUGUCAUGUCUUUUCUAUUGAUUCUGGUUAAUUUUGGAGGCAAAUUGGCAGGAAUGGUUGUUACUGGCGGGAAUCAUCUAGAAGAUGGGGAGAAGAAUCUGCCCAGUAUUUCAAGAGGAGGGACUUCGAGGCCUUGGGGAACCACCAUCUCCGGUCAAUCGGUCUCUACCAGUGGAAGUGCGGGGUCUCCAUCGAGCCGGAGUGAGCAGGCUAUGGCCACACCCGCCAGUGAGAAUGCUUUAAUCAGAUUGAAUCAUCUCAAUAUUGGUGGGGAUGACGCUGGAUCUCAAGGCGGCGUCGUUGGCAAGAAAAAGAAGAGAGGUCAAAGGGCGGUUGGCGCCGAUAAGAGUGGCCGGGGACUCCGCCAAUUCAGCAUGAAAGUCUGUGAGAAAGUCGAAAGCAAGGGUAGAACCACUUACAAUGAGGUGGCAGACGAACUUGUGGCUGAAUUUUCUGAUCCUAGCAGUAGUCUUGCAUCUCCAGACCAGCAACAAUAUGAUGAGAAAAAUAUACGCCGUAGGGUAUAUGAUGCCCUGAAUGUUCUCAUGGCUAUGGAUAUCAUAUCUAAGGACAAAAAGGAAAUACAGUGGAAAGGUCUGCCUCGCACCAGCAUGAAUGAUAUUGAAGAGUUAAAGACAGAACGGAUUGGACUGAGAAACAGAAUUGAAAAGAAAGCUUCCUAUGUGCGAGAACUAGAAGAACAAUUUAUAGGUCUUCAGAAUUUGAUACAGCGGAAUGAGGAAUUAUAUGGCUCAGGAAAUGCUCCUGUAGGCGGUGUGGCUUUACCUUUUAUUCUGGUUCAGACACGACCUCAUGCAACUGUCGAGGUGGAAAUAUCAGAGGACAUGCAACUGGUGCAUUUUGACUUCAAUAGCACUCCUUUUGAGCUACAUGAUGACAAUUAUGUUCUGAAGGCAAUGAGGUUUUGUGAAAGACCUCAGGGAGAUGAUGGUGCCGAUGAUUCUAAUGCAAAUGGAGCAGAGGGUUCCAGUAUGCUUGGUUUGUAUCAAUCACACAUACCCCAUCCUUCAAGGUCAAAUGCUGUGGGUAGGCCUCCUCCGUCACCUCCUCUUCCAGGAAUACUAAAAGCACGUGUCAAGCAUGAGCAUUAAUCUGUGUUCUUAGGUUUAUUACCAUGCUAUGGGCAUUGUUUCUUUUCUUUUUCUGUAUAGUAUGUAAAGUAAUUGGCCAGAAAUGGACUACCCAUGGUCCUUCCCGCCUCAGUAAAUUGCUUACUAGUUGAAAGGAUUGAAGAAACAAGCAAAACCAUACCCAUUCUUCAAAGCUUUCGAAAGUUUCCUGCCAGGCGGUGGUCGGGUUAAGGAACCCAUGAUUCACCAUGUAAUUUUUCCUCAUGAAAUUUCAUUUUUUUUCCCCCUGUUCUUUUAUUUCUUUUCCUGAUGUAAUAGUUAGGGGUGGAGAAGCUUCAUCCACCCACCGAUUCUUUACUUGCCACCUCUCACUGCGUUGUCUGCCUUCUAACAGGUUGGAUACAUUAGCAAUACUCUCUAGAUUGCAUAAUCAAUUUGAUUGAUAGUU